AUGCUUUCUUCAAUUUCCCGCCAAAUCUCCAAAAUCUCAACCCGCUCAAUAACUUCUCAACAAAUUUUCGAUCGAGAGAAGAAAUUCGGCUGUCAUAAUUACAAGCCGCUUCCAGUCGCAUUGGAAAAAGGAUCGGGUUGUUUUGUUUGGGAUGUGGAAGGAAAACGAUAUUUUGAUUUUUUGGCCGCUUAUUCGGCUGUUAAUCAAGGACAUUGUCAUCCAAAAUUAUUGAAGGUAUCGAGUUUUGGGGCGAAAAAACAGGGUGAAAAGUUGAAAAUAGGUCAUCUUAAAAUUGGAAUUGGAUUUAUAGUCCGUCGUGAUUGAUUCUCCAUAUUUCUUUUUUCCCGAAAUUUCUUUUUUAACCCACAAGGUAUAAAUUCAGAUGGAAAAAAAAUCUGAAAAUUGAAAUUUUUUUUUCAAAUUGCCACGUCAUAGGUCACGUUUUAUCUUAUUUUCUUAUCAAUUGUGGCAUGAAAAUUACAAAUUAUUAUUUUUUGGAACAAAAAUCAAUUUCAAAAUUCAAGAAACGUUCUCCAACUUUUCUAAAAAGUCAUCAUUUUAAUUGCAGACCCUUCAAGAUCAAGCUCAAAUUCUAACUCUAACAUCUCGCGCAUUUUACAACAAUGUUUUGGGAGAAUACGAAGAAUAUAUCACAAAAUUGUUCAAAUAUGAUAAGGUUUUGCCAAUGAAUACUGGAGUUGAAGCAUGUGAAUCGGCUGUGAAAUUGGCAAGAAGAUGGGCAUAUGAUGUGAAAGGUGUCAAGGAUAAUGAGGCUGUUGUGAGUUAUUGUUUUUUUUAGGAUUUGCUUUGCCAUGUGAAUUUACUGAGUUACCAAAAAUCUAAUUUUUUGCAGGUUGUAUUUGCCAACGAUAAUUUCUGGGGUCGUUCAAUUGCUGCAAUUUCGGCAUCAACAGAUCCCGAUUCAUAUGCCCGCUUCGGUCCAUUUGUUCCUGGAUUCCAAACUGUUCCAUACAAUGAUUUGAAAGCUGUCGAAGAAGCCAUCAAAAAUCCAAAUGUAGCCGCUUUUAUGGUUGAACCAAUUCAAGGAGAAGCUGGAGUUGUAUUACCAGAUAAUGGAUAUUUGAAAGGAGUUGAACAAUUAUGCAAAAAAUAUAAUGUUCUUUUUAUUACUGAUGAAGUUCAAACUGGAUUAGGAAGAACUGGAAAGUAAGUGUUUCUAGGAAAAAAUAAUCGGAAUAUUUUCAAAUAUUCCAGACUUCUCGCUCAUUAUCAUGACAAUGUUCGACCUGAUAUUGUUGUAUUAGGAAAAGCGCUUUCUGGUGGAAUUUAUCCAGUUUCUGCUGUUUUAUGUGAUGAUGCAGUUAUGAUGAAUAUUAAACCAGGACAACAUGGCUCAACUUAUGGUGGAAAUCCAUUGGCCGCUAAAAUUGCAAUCUCAGCGCUCGAGAUUUUGCAAGAAGAAAAAUUGGUGGAAAAUUCGGCGGAAAUGGGAGAGAUUUUGAUGAAUAAAUUGAGAACAUUGCCAAAAGAAGUUGUUUCGACAGUUAGAGGAAAAGGACUUUUCUGCGCUAUUGUUAUUAAUAAAAGUAGGGAUUUCAUAGAAUGAUUUCAAAUUUUAAUCCCAUCAUCUUUGCAGAAUACGAUGCUUGGCAAGUUUGCCUAAAACUCAAAGAAAACGGAUUGUUGGCGAAAAACACACAUGGUGAUAUUAUUCGAUUUGCUCCACCACUUUGUAUAAAUAAACAACAAGUCGAAGAAGCCGCUGAUAUUAUCAUUAAAACAAUUACCGAUUUUAGUAGAAAUAAUUAG